AUGGGCGAAAUUAUAAAUGACGAAGUUAGAAAUAUUCUACAAAAAAAUUCUGGUCUUACACAAAUGAAAGCUGUUAAAAGUAUUCUGACUAAUGUUUCUUCUGAAGUUUUAUCGAAUGUAGAACUUACUGUUUCAGAUUUCGUCAAAAUGCAAUAUUGUCCAAUAAUAAUGUCAAAGUCGAAAGAUCAUUUAGUCGGUAUAAGGCAGUUUUACGACCAAAUUGUCGAUCCUUUGAAUUCGAAAAUUAAAAGUGCAUGUCGUCAUAAAUUAUAUUCAAGAUAAUUAAUUUUUUUUUUUUAAUUUCGUUAUUUAAAACAUAAUUUGUAUUAUUAGGAACUCAUAAGACCAUAUAAAUAAUUAAAUAUUAUUAAUUAGAUAAUAUUAGUAAAAUACAUAUUUUGAGUUUUUUAGCACAUAUUUAUGUACAUAUUCUGAUAUCAUAAAUACAUAUUUUUGUUUCUUGAAUACAUUUAAAUCCGAGCCCUAGUUAUAAGUAUAGUUUACGUAUAUAGUGCGUACCUAUAAAAUAAUAUUAUUUAGAAAAAUAAAGUAUUAAAUAUUUACGUGAAGGAAUUCCCAAAUUCUAUAAUCCUAUAAUUUAUAACUGGCGGAAAAAUAAAAGAUCACUUUUGGUUGAAACCGAAGUAGGUAAACAAAAAUUAAAUAUAGAUCCACUGCUUACUGGUAUGGCAAUUAUAACAAAUAAAGUUUUAUUUGCAUUAUUGACAAAGCAACAGAGUACCUAGAUGUGAUGGUUUUAUGCAUUUUACGCCAGUUUACUUAAAAAUUCUCAGUCGGGAAAGAAAUUUUGAGGUGGGAGGGGGGGGGAGUUCUAGCCUACUGUUUUACCAGGUUUUCUCCAUUAUUAAGAAAACUAUCGGGAAAAUCAAAACAUAUUCUUCAAAAUAAACUCACUAUAAAAAAUUUAUUUUCAGAAACCACCCCCGAAGUUGAAGAAUGGGACAUUUCGGCGCUGUCAUAUCAGCGAUAUAUAUUUUCAGCGCUACUGUUGAUAUGGUAAUAGUAAAUGCUACGGUGAAAAUUAUUUUUGGUAUGAAAUAAUAUGUAAAAAAUAUUAUGGCAUAAGAGAAAAAUUAUCGUGUAGUAAAAAACAGAUAAAAAACAAUGUUUAGGUAUAAAUCAAUGCCUGAAUUAGAAAAAUAAAAUAAAGGAGACUCAUUCAAGAUUUAAAAAAAUUACAAUGAUUAAAUUCAACUAGACCCGCGGGGGGCUUCACUUUCCCGUAUACCCUCCAGCCAUUAAUUUUCAUCAAAUGAUUACAAAAUAAUAUAUGGAUAAUAUGUACCAACAAUUACAAUAUUUAUUUUUUAAGACUUGUCAUUUAUUAUCAUAUACAAAUGAAUAAUUACAUAAAAAAGGAGCUCUAGCUAAUUUGGUACCUAAUUAGUUUUAAAUAGCAUUCCACAGUUAUAGGUAACUGUAAUUUAUUUUGGUAGUAUUUUUCUUUUUAAGACAACAUUGUUUUUCAUCUGAUCUUUUACUUUUGCGUAUCCAAGACAAUACAUAAGAGUAGGGUUUAAACGUUUGUACUGGGGGUCCAACGCAAUUGAUAAACAUAAAAAAAAAUAUUAAUAAUACUUAAUACAUAUCUUUUGGUAGUCACUAAAUUGUACAUAGAACUAAAAGCUCGUUCACACUUACUUGAUGAAGUUUCAACUGUCUUAAUGGCUGUUAACAGAGGGUAUAGAUCCAGUAUUAUUAAAUAUUAUUUUGACAAAAUAACACGUUCCGUCCUUCCUUUCUAAUGAAAAUAAUUUGAAGGAGUUCUCUCAAAAAAUGAAAAAAUGAAGAGGAGCUCUUUUCUCCUGCGUUUCCCCAAUUCGAGCAAUAAUAUAAUAUAUUAUAGGUAGUAAUAACUUAUAAUUUAUAUUAUUAAAAUUAUGACCACGGACAAACGUAUUUUGAAAUUAGUAGAUAGGUGUAAUAAACAUGAUAUUACUACAUUUAUUAGGGGAAUAUCUAAUAUUGUAUUAAAAUUAUAAUUACAUAAAUUCGUACUUUUUUUUUCAUUUAACUAUGUACAUCACACAUAAUUUUAUCGAUCACCUAUAUUUUAGUACCGAAAUAGCAGAGACCUAGACUUCCUGAAGUUGAUGAUUGGAUCAAGAUUUUUAAUAGACUAUAUUGUUAAAAGCCAGAAAUAAAACCACACUGCAUCAUAGUAAAACCUUGUUCAGAAUCUAAAAUGCAACAGCAACGAUUAAUUAUAUGGUUUUAAACGACAGACGCAGGAAAUCCGAGAAUUAACUGUUCCUUCCGUGAACGUAAUUGUCCGUAUUAAUCUACACGACUUCGUUUCGAACAUAAUAUACAGGAUGAUUCUUUUAUCAUCAGCAAGCGAUAAUACCUAUCUAAUACGAAAAUCUUGAGAAAAAUUGAUUUUGAAUUUUUUUUUUUUUUCAGUCAUUACAUAAUCGCUCAUUACAAUAAUUUUAAAAUCUUUACUAUUAUUUCGUUUUGAUAACAUCAGUAAAUAUAUCAAUUCUAGAAGUAGAAGAAAGGUUAGGUACUGUAUAGGUUGUAAUUUCAUAUAUUUUGAUUGUUGAAUCAAACGCUUUUCUUUAUGACUCCUCCGAGAUAACUUUUAAACUGGUAAAACUCAUAAACGAUGAACACUAGGCAGGCACCUACAUCUGCGUACUAGGUAGGAAUGAAGGGUCGCAAGGUGACUCUAUCCCCCUUACCUCUGACCGCGCUUGAAAAGAGUCCCCUUUAAUGUAUUCACACUCCGUAGUUUGGGAAAUCACAGCACGAAACGCUCAGAAAAGUUAAGGAAUCACAGUACCCUUUUGCCGUUCUGCACCACGUUAAUCCCUGGGACUAGUUACCUAAACAUAGUAUAUGUCCAACGUUAUAAUGAUACGCGUACCGAAAUAUUGUUAUAGUCCGGUGGACUUUCGGAAUAGCGUAAUUUAUAUUUAGAAAAAAGUAUAGAAAAUGGCGUGCUGGACAUUUUUCAUAGAUGGGGAAAAAUAUAAAAAAUUGGGACCCAGCCGCACAAAACGCGAAUUUGUAUAUGUCCUAAAAAUAAUUUGUUUACAACAAAAAUUUAGCCAAAUUGAGUAUACACGUCAUAAUAAGCGAUCGUAUUCGUAUGCACGUAUUGCAAAUGUAAUACGCAAACCUAUGGGCAUCUCUGACCCAUGGUACUAGUUAUUAUUAAUCGAUAAUCGAUACGUUCGGUCGACCGCCCGCGUUUAAAUCGUGAGGCGAUCGUCUAGAAAAAAAAAAGAAAAAAAACAAACCCUAUUUCGGCGCGCCGCUGCAGGGUUACCUGCGAAAUCUUCAACGAUGAAAAACACAAACAAAUAGACAACUCUGUAUAAUAUAUAAUUGAACAGAAUACGAUAAUAGCUUAACGCGCACUAUAGAGGAAAGACAGAGAGAGAGAGUGAGAGUGAGAGAGAGAGAGAGAGAGAGUGAGAGACGGCUAUCGGGCCCGUGGCAAAAGGAUCGCGGCGAGUGACGCGCGCGCACGCUCUCGUCGUAAUUACCUAUUAGGACGGAUUAAAUAAAAAAUGAAUACAGUAAAAUGUGAACGGUAGGUGUGUAUACGGUGCCCGCACCGCGGAUGAGUCGCCCAAGUUUCCGGCUGCUGCACGGGGCUAAUAGAAAAAAAUUACCGUCACGUAGGUAUCUAUACGGAAGAGAAAAAACACGUCGUCGCCAGCAAUAUUGCGUUCACAAUAACGUCGUAUUACCGGGUGUGCGCGACGACAGUUUAUACGGUAAUAUAUUAAAAUAUAACGACAACAACAAUAAUAAUAAUCAUAUUUUCAUAUCCGUAUAUUGCAUUAUAAUAAUAUUAUUAUUAUUAUUAUUAUUGUCGCCGGUGGUGGACCGCAGUCAGUCAGUGUUUACCGUGAUCGUCGCCGGAUUCCGUCACCACACACGCGCUCCACGUCGUUAUUCUCCGAUACCAUUAAUUUAGGUAUAAUACGGUGUAUGCGGGUUUUUUUUUUUUUCGGCGUUUUUUUUUUUUUUUUUUUUUGUUGCUGUUUUUUAGUGCCGUGACGCCGGCGGACGAUGGAGACGAAAACCGUAGUAGACCCGCAGCCGCAGCCGCAGCUAUUGUAGUGCUCGCCGUCCGUUACCGAAGGACGCCCGCAGCAGUCCGCCGCCGUCGAGUCCGCGUUCCGUCCAGACGAGAGUCUGUUCGCGCGGCCGACACUGUACGCCCUCUCGGUAUACCCAGGUACCACAAUAGUCGCCCGCGAAGUAAUAUAAUAAAAAAACGAAUCGACAAAGAGAAAGGUAACUCCGCGCGAGUAUCGCGUACAUGGUUCGGGAGAGUUUAA